AUGGUUAAACUUCAGUUGCUGAAGCAGGAUCAAUAUUCACCCACCAAUCGGAUAAUAAAUGGAGAAAAUGCAGUUUCCAAACAAUUUCCGUAUCAAGUCUAUUUAGAAGAACAUAUAAAUUAUGAUUGGAGACCUAAUUGUGGUGGUGUUAUAAUAUCGAAUAGAACAGUCCUCACAGCAGCUCAUUGUAUAUCGGAUUCAAUAGAUGCCCUUAAAAUCUACUUUGGAGCUGUUGACAGAACUAAUAUUUAUGAAACGGGACAACAACGUUUGAUAGUAAAGCGAAAGAAUAUUAUCGUUCAUCCAGAGUAUGAUCCAAUCCAAUUUCUUAAUGAUAUUGCUCUGAUCAGAUUACCAGCCGAAAUUAUAUUUGAUGAGUAUAUUCAGCCUGCUAAGUUGCCUGAUCCAGACAAAUUAUAUGAUAACGAAAUUGGAGUUGUUUCCGGUUGGGGCAUAUCUGAUAGAGAUUCCUGGAAUUUGCCAAAUAAUCUACAAAUGCAAACCACUUCAUCGUAUAUUUGUUUGAAGCCCAGUCAAGGCAGGCCAUGUAAAGGCGACUCUGGUGGCCCACUGGCAAUUCGGAAUGAAGAUGGAACUAGUACUAUAGUGGGCCUCACAUCGUUCGGUAUGGACGGCACUUGUCCGCCCAAUACGCCUGUUAUUUUUACAAGAGUCUCAUCGUUUUUACAAUGGAUAAAAGAAAAUGAAUGAAAAAUACGAGAAAAUUUGAAAAAUAAAUAAAUAA